CAACCCGCUUCGCAACCGGCGGAGGCGUCAAGACGUCCGAAGUUUAGCAGUGAAGAUUCUUUCGGUACGGAGAGUUUACGGCGCUCCAGACGCCAUCAGCCCACGAUUGAGGAGCACAACGAGACGCCCAAAAGCGUCAGUAAUUUGCAAAGUCCCCAACUUGCUUUGAGGCUGUCGCCGAAACUGCUCUUCCCGCACAUCGCCUAUACAACGCCCGACCGACUGAUGCACACAAUGCGAGUGCAGCAGCAACUGUUGGCAGCCAAACUUUCGCUGUUGGCAUUGGAGACGGCCAGUGAAAAAGUCUCGAGGCACUCGAUCGUAUCGGAUGCGGCUCGUCUUCCCACGAGCUCAGCCGAACGGGUCCAAGUCGGCGAGUCGAGACGUACCAAAUCUGAGGACAGAAUUCUCACCAACGAACCAGCCGGAGUCAGAUUUAUGACGUCAACCGGACUGGGUGGUCGGGAAGCUAUUGGGGGUUCCGGUGGUACCAAUAAUAAGGUCGACUCUGAGAACAAAGAGACGCAGACGCCUAGAAGAGUAGUACCAUCAAAAGACGACCAACAGGACAGCUUGAGGGAGGCAAGGACGACAGCCGCCUCCGAUCUGAGUCUCACAACCGGUUCAUCGAGUCAAUCAGUGUCAAUCAGAAAGAGUGACUGGGUGCUUCGGAGGCGAGCCGACGGAACUCGGUACAUUACACGCAGAUCUCAUGGGUGA